GCCACUGUUAGAUAAUAUUUGACAAUUUGAAGAUGCCAGUUAACUUCGUUGUUUCUAUAUUUCUAAUUGUGUUCCUCGUGGGUAUAUCAUGUACAGAAAUAACAGGAGAUACGGAGAUUCUGUCGAUGAUUAAAGAAUUGAAAGACACAGUGACGUCGCAUGAGCAUGCAAUUCAAUCAUUGAAAGAGCGUGUAGCAGAACAAGAAAAUGUUAUCAUAACACUCAAAGACAAAGACAAGCAACAGCAGGAUGCUAUAAACUAUCUCAUGAACGAAUUGAUAUUUAAAUCAAAACAGAAUGAGAUUGCAAAUUCCAAGGAGCAAUCACUGCGACAAACCAAAAAACGAAGCGAUAAUUCUGAAAAGGUAGACUCGUUGAGAGAUGAGAGUCAACUGAACAUUCGGAAGGACGGUGAAAGAAUAUACAAAUCCAAGUCUGAUAUACUCUCAAACAUUUCAGACAACGCAGAUGUAUUGAGGUCCAGCAGACAAUCUAUACAUCCAAACGUCGCUUUCCAGGCAAUACUUAGUGCAACUACAAUCCCAAACAUUGGACUGCAUCAGAAAAUUGUGUAUGACUCUGUUCACCUAAAUCUUGGCGGCGGCUAUCAUCACCUUUCGGGCAUCUUUAUUGCCCCCGUAUCCGGCAUAUAUCUUUUUUGUACGUCUAUAUUAGCAGAACAUUAUGCCGAUAUCGAUGUAGGAAUAGUGAAAAAUGGUAUUCAGCUAGCCGGUGCUUAUGCAGUAUCUGCUGGGCAAUCGUCCUAUGACCAAGGCUCUGCUUCUGUUGCCGUGCAAUUAAAUGUCGGUGACGAAGUGUGGGUUGGAAAUCUUUGGCCUGCAAACACACAAAUUCACGGUCGUGGUAUGCAUACAAGUUUUAGUGGAGCUCUUAUAGUGCCAAUGUAA